AUGGCUGCAGACCCGUUUGCCAUUUUACGGCACCAGCUCGCCGUAGCUUCAAAACACGCCCUGCUAUUACUUGACUCUCUGCCCCCAUCUCUUGAUUCCUUCCAGGUUGUUGAACUACGAGGCCUCUGUCACGAUUUAGACGCAGUUGUGGGCCGCAUGCAUCUGGUUCUAGGAGCUUAUGGCGAAGACUCAGACGAUUCAGACGACUCAGGUGAUGAUGGCUUUGAUGAUGAUGACGAAUCUACCGGCAUGCACGAUACUUCCUUCAUCACAUCCUAUUCAGACGCUUUUGUAACAUCAGUCACUUCGCCAUGGAACGUCAACAGCCAGUUUUCUCCUCUCGAAACAGAAACACAGUGCUCGUUCGACUCGGAUGAUGAUGAUACAAACUCGAUUGGCUCUGAUGUUUUCAAAACAGUUCAUUUCGAUACAGAGCGACUAGACACAGAAAUAUUUAGAGGUACUCUAGAGCAAAUUAUAAAUAAUGUAGAACCUGCAACCAGCCAUUUGGAAGAAGAAAACCCGAUAACUCCAGUCGAGGCUUCUGCAUCUGUGAGAUUUUUAAUUUCUAGUCAUGGUGGUGAUGAUGAUGAUGAUGAUGAAAAAGAAGAAGAAGAGGCGUCAGAAAUUGAUCCAAUAUUUACUACAAUAUCAAAUCAAGAAGAACCUGUUUGGGAGCUUGAGAAGUCUGCAACCUCAGAACCAGCACUAGAACUAGCCACAGCCUUAGACUCUGCUUCCUCAAGGUCUAUUUCCACAGACUCAAUAAUUACAGAACGCAUAGCUUUAGAACCAGCUGCACUCGUUGAUUCCACAACAAAACCUGUUGCACCACUAGAGCUCACCGCAUCAAAACCUGUUGCAACUGUUGAACCAUCUGUUGAGCUAUUUAUCGAAACAAUUACCCCCAUCACAUCCAUCACAUCCAACAACUCUAUCAACACUACCAGUACCUCAAACCUUUCACAAGAACUCCCCAACUCUCCUCCGUCCCUCAAAUCCCUCUCAGAUGAUAUUGUUUGCGCAAUUGCAAACUACCUCAACACCUACGACACACAAAACCUCGCAAAAACUUGUGCGUCUCUCCGCCGUAUCUGCGCUCCGCUUUCAUGGAGGCGAGUCCGUGUUCAGCGCCAACUCCGACUUGAGUUCCUAGCAUCCACAGCAGAAACAAAGUUCCACUAUGUCGACGAUGACCGACCAGAGCUUACCACUAUAGCUGCCACCACUAUGCACCACACCCUUCCCUUCAAGGCUCUUCUGCGACCAACAAACUUUUCCUGGGUUUUCCCCCACGUCAUUCGUGACCUUGUCAUCUUCACAGACCCCUUAGACCCUCUAGACCUGCCAGAGCUUCCGUUAAAAACAUUCCCAGCCUUGAACAGCGUUGUUCUCGAUGGACCUAUCGAUGCUCCCUUCAUGGAAACAUUGCUCGACUCAAAAUUUUACAAGUCAAUUGGCGAGCGAGCAGAAAAGACCCCCCUUCAGUUCGGCCUCACUGAACUUUCAACUCUGUGCCGCUUCUCAGAGCUCCUCUACGCAACUGACAUUGUCGUUGUAGACUCAGACUUAUGUGCAGCCGGUGGAUGCUAUUACUCCUCCCAGUACCCAGACCCGGUCUCCCCCAGCACAAGUAGCAACGCAUCCUCCACUACCCUUUUCAUAUCUAGCUUGCCUCCUACUCUUAUGACUUCUCCAAUGCCCCAUCUCCAGCGUUUGCGUAUUGUCCCGGACCCGGCUUGUCCUAACCAUCGUGUUGGCCCAGCCGCUGCUGCCCUGCUUGCUAGCAUUGAGUUCUUUCCCAAUCUCGAGUGGCUCGCUGCGCCAAUCCACCUGAAGCUCCCUGGCCCUCGCAUGCAUCAUUCUAUUGAGUGCUUCGCUCAGCUUCCACCAACAGUCACCGAGUGCAUUCUCACAGCUGGAGCAGAUUUCCACAAUGAUAGCUUGGGCAAUGAUAAUGAAGAAGACGAAGACGACGACAGUUACAUUUACAUUGACCCGGAGUUCCCGCUCUCUCUCUCAAAAGUUACCGCGCUCCACGCACUCUCCAGCAAAACGUAUAAGGAGCUGGCUCCACAUUUGCACCUCCCUAAUCUCUCUCAUCUCAAAAUCUCUCCAGGAUAUGGACCCAUGGACCAGGCUCUUACCCCAUCAACUAUUGAACUUCCGCAGCUCCCUCUACCAUUAUCCCAAGACCUCUAUGGCAGAAUUACAACCCUCGACCUGGCCUUUUCCGCGUGGACCGCGGUUCUUGCCAAUGCCGGUUUGGCGCUGCGCGCCAUGCCGCACCUGCGCGUAGUUGCGCUGGAGCUCGAUGGGCUUUCUACUCCAGGCUCUGCUGAUUUUACUCCGGCUGACGAUAUCACCCUCAAAUAUCUCAUGGAAGCUGCCUAUGUUGAAGCCUUAGGUGAACCACUUUCACGCGCAGACAUUCAGCACUUGCUCGAGUACCAGCAACCUGUGUAUGGCGUAUUUGAUCCCACAGUCCCGACCACUGGCGAUUCUGUUUCUCGUGCUUCUGUUUUGUCGUGCGAAUCAACAGAUUCUCACAAUGGCUUUACCCCAACAUCAUCCUCUAACUUUUUCUCGUCCAGUACCACGGCUGUGGCUGUUUCGCUCCACUUUUCUGGUACCGCCGCAACCGCCCAUGAUGCUGUCGUUGCUUUUGAGAACUUGUUGCUUGACCCAGCUGCAGCCUAUUCGCCGGCAAACGUGCGACGAUAUACUCGCCUUUACUUUCUUGUCACUUUUUAUGAGUCACUGCUCCAUGCACUGGCCUCAGCUCCGGCACUGGAGUUUCUUAAAAUUGAUUUCCAUAGGUUCCACUACGCGUCUCCGGCGCUCCAGCGACUUCUCCGCAACCCGCCCCAAUCGGUACGCCAGAUCCUCGUUCUUUUGGCCGGCCAGGUGCUGCUCCCCCAAGACAAUGAUUCACAACUUUUGGACCCGCGCGUUUACACAACUGAUCUCAUGGAGCUUGUCCCGCGGCUCCCGCAACUUUACACUGUUGCUGAUGAGCCCCCCAACUUAUCAUUACGUGCAGGGUGCUACCGCACAACUGACAAUUUCCUCUACACUUACAAGUCCGCAGACUCAUUUCACGUUUUUGAUGAAACUGAACUUGACACGCAGCCCGUGCAUGCUGAGUUUGGCGGCUGGUUUUUAGAACAGGUUGAUUGA